AAUAUAUCACCAUCAUCAACUGAUCAUCACAACCCGCUGCUUCCCCUUCGCCAUUGUCCAUCUCGAUAACAUGGGAACCAAUUCGCGUAUCCGCACCGGACAAGUCAGUGGCUUAGGAAAGGGUCCUGUGAAGGGUCCUGGAGACUCAAACUCACGCCGCUCCACACGCUCUUCACUCGCCGCCUCUACCCCCGGCAGGCCCCUUCCUCUCAAGCCCCUAUCCCCCGCCGUUCCCGUCGCGGACCGUCAGCCCGCACCUCCGCCGGCUCCGAGGAUUGACCCAGAAAGCAGCUCCGAGGACAUCGCUCCCGAAAUCAUCGUUUGGACAGAGGCCAUGGACGCUAUGAGUUUAGAUUCUUCUGAUGGGUCAUUGACCCCCGUCACUGACGAUGCCCUUACACCUCCACCGCCGACACCGCCGACCCUGCCGCUUUUAGAUGAACCUGCCCCGGAAUCGGACCAGGAACCGGAUCAGGAACUGGAUCAGGAACCGGGUCAGGAACCGGGUCAGGAACCGGAUCAAGAACCAGACCGAGAACCAGACCAAAAACCAGACCGAGAACUAGACCGAGACCCAGACCAAGCGGAACAAAAGCUGGAACAACACUUGGACCAGCGCCUGGACCAUGAUCUGAACGCCGACCGGGACCAAGACCAGGAUAGAAAUCCGGGCCAUGGUCGGGACCAAAAUCUAAAUCAAGGCCGGCAACAAGACCUGAACCUAGAGCCAAAACAGGAACAUGAGGAAGAUCAUAACACGAAACAGGCAUUUCUAUCUGUCUCCUCAUUGUCAGCUGUAUCGGCCGUAUCGGACCAGUCCGAGCUAUCGCCUCUCGCGUCGCCUUCUUUGUCCAGCAAAGCUACUACCCCUAUGGACAUUGACAGCUUAAAAGACGUAUAUGUACCUGUCGUCCGACUCACCCAGCCUGCUGACACGCCGAGGAGGAGAUACGAUGUGCGCCCCAAGGUCUCCGUACCGCCCGACUUGCCCCUCUCCGAGUAUGCAAUGCAGUGUAUCACCGCGGCUGAGUCGUCGAGACUUAAUCCGUACUCCUUGCACCAAGAAGAAUACUUGAUACUCCGUGACCACAUCAGUCACGCCCAAGUGACGACAUAUUUGAACAUAAGAAAUGGGACCCUCAGGUUGUGGAUAAGGAACCCACAGAUUGCCGUCACUCGUGAGGAGGCAGUUGGGUGCGCCAAAGAUGUGCGCUGGUUCGAUGUAGCGAACGUCUGCUUCGACUGGCUUGUCCGCCGCGGCUACAUCAACUUUGGAUGCGUCGAAAUUCGCUCGUCGCGCAAACAGACUCAAAAGGACCAGCCUGUUGACGGCAAGCGGAAGACGGUAGUCGUCAUAGGCGCUGGUAUGGCCGGCCUUGGCUGUGCUAGACAACUUGAAGCAUUGUUCAUGCAGUACGCAAAGAAGUUCCGUGAGAUGGGCGAGCAGCCCCCGCGGGUGGUUGUUCUCGAAGGUAGAAAUCGCAUCGGCGGGAGGGUCUACUCCCGAGCCUUCACCACUAAGCCCGGCCGGACCACUGACUCCUUUCAGGGGAAACGGUGCACUGCCGAGAUGGGCGGCAUGAUUAUCACAGGGUUUGAUAGAGGCAAUCCCUUGAAUAUCAUUGUCAGGGGUCAGCUGGGCCUUCCUUACCGCCCACUCCGGCCCGACACAACCCUCUACGACUACAACGGGAAGCCCGUGGACCUAGAACGAGACCAGCUCGUAGAGAAGCUCUACAACGACUGCCUUGACCGCGUCAGCGAGUACAAGUUUAAACAGCCCACCUCCAAGUUGAUCGAAGGCAACAGAGAUCUCAUAGACGAGGGUAAGGACAGCUCGUCUGAGACUUACAAGACCAUAAGGCAGAUUGAAGAAUCUACCGCCGCCCAACCACACGCACCACCCGUCUCGGAGCAAAACAUCGCCCCGCAGGUGAAUUUAGUUCCCGUCUCGUCGGACCGAGCUACCGGCCGGAUCCAUACUGUGCCCGGUACGCCUGGAGCUCUCAGGGCGGUCCACAAAGCAAAGGUCAUGGGUUGGAAGAUAAAGCAGGGUAUCAGCGACGAGGCUGACCUUGAUAUCGAGUCUGCUACCAAGGAGCCUAGCGCGACCCUCGGUAGCGUAACGGACCACGUUAUUGCUCAAUACAAGGACAUCAUAGACCUCAACGAGCAAGAUUACAGACUCAUGAACUGGCACAUCGCCAAUCUAGAGUAUAGUAACGCCACAAACUACAGUCAGCUAAGCCUUCAGGGAUGGGACAUCGAUGCGGGCAACGAAUGGGAAGGCAGCCACACGAUGGUAGUUGGCGGCUACCAAAGCGUCCCAAGAGGCAUCAUGCAUAUUCCCACACCUUUGAACGUACGGCAGAAAUCCUCUAUCAGCAAGAUCACAUACGCACAUGGCAGUCAAACUGGGCCGGCGACGGUCGAGUGUGAGGACGGCUACAAAAUAGACGCCGACUAUGUUGUCAACUCAAUACCCCUCGGUGUACUGAAACACGGAAGUGUAAAGUUUGAGCCGCCCCUGCCGCCCUGGAAGUCGGACGCCAUCGAGCGCCUUGGCUUCGGAGUAUUGAACAAAGUCAUUCUCGUGUAUAAAGAGCCGUUUUGGGAGGAUGAUCGGGAUAUCUUUGGUGUCUUGAGGAACCCAUCCAACCGGCGAAGUCUGGACCAAAAAGACUACGCGUCGCAGAGGGGCCGCUUCUUCCAGUGGUUUAACGUGUCAAAAACAAGUGGACUGCCCGUGCUCUUAGCGCUCAUGGCUGGAGACGCGGGCUAUGACACGGAGCAGACAUGUAACGAUGACCUCGUUACGGAAGCAACCGCGAUUCUCCGCAGUGUCUUUGGCUCCAAGGUUCCCGAGCCCGUGGAAACGGUUGUGACAAGAUGGGCUUCAGACAAGUUCGCCCGAGGCAGCUACUCUUCUGCUGGCCCAAAUAUGAAAGCCGACGACUACGAUACCAUGGCACGGCCAGUCGGCAAUCUCUUCUUCGCGGGAGAGCACACAUGCGGCACCCAUCCAGCUACGGUGCAUGGCGCCUACAUUUCGGGACUCCGGGCGGCAUCAGACGUUCUCGACGCAAUGCUCGGACCCAUCGACAUACCAACCCCGUUGAUAAUCCCCAAGGAGACAUCGCUUUCUCUCAAACGCAAAGCAGCCGAGAAUAGAGAUCCGACCCAGUCGCGCCUAGAAGCAUACGAGAUCGAGCUCUGGGAUCACAUCAUUGCGCAGGUCGGCCUGCGCCCCAUCAUGCCGACCAAGCCGGCCAUGAAUGCAUACAUAUUUUACAGCAAGACACACCACGAAGAUGCGCGCAAGAAGCUAGAGGAAGGACGGCGUGCGGGCAAAGGCAAGGCCAGCGCCAACGAGGUGCGCGUCAUGAGUGCCAAGAUGUGGCGUGACACGUCGCCAGAGCAGCGGAAGCCCUUUGUUGACCAGGCUGAAGAGCAAAAGCGACUGUAUACUGAGGCAAUGGCGCGCUUUAAGGAGCAAGCCGCCGACUGGGACAAGAAGGCCACGGAGCUCAAGGCCGCCUACGAGAAAGAACACCCCUGUGUCCCAACCACCGAGGAGCUCGCCGCAGCGGCUGUUAUGUUGGCCGAAGCUGCGGUGGCGGCUGCGGCAGGCGUGGACGGGAAUAACCGUCGGACGAGAAAGAGAGUUGAGAGUUAUGCCGAGACAGAGGCAAGCGAUGUUGAGAUGACGCUGUCUUGA